AAUAAAGAUUAAUAGUUGCCAAUUUGCCAAAUUCAUUCCAAACACUCUAAUUGUAAUUGAUUACAAGUUCGUUCUGAUUUGAAACCAUUUCAAAUCCAAGGGUUCCAAACUUCAUUCCAGCUGACCCCAUGGCGGAUGCUUCCGUCGCUGUUCUUGAAACAUUACGACUUAGGGGAUGGAACUUCUCCGACUCAGACGAAGUUAAGGCCGUAAUCACGAUCGCUACCGCCUUGGCCGAUGAUCCUAGUUCGGUCCUUGAUUCUGUGGAGUCGGAGCUCAUAAACAUCGACCUCAGGUUCAUUGGAGGCAAGUCCUUGCCUGAACCUGCUCUUUUUCGCAAGUCUUCUCGUAUUCUCGGCCCUAUAGUUCUCCAGAUAUCAUCUGUAAAAGACAUAUCGCGAAGCAGCCUAGAUGGUAUCUUGAAGGCGUCUAAUGGUCGGCGUCUCCUUCGGUUCGGUCUCACUGAUGGACACUCUGAGAUUACUGCUAUAGAGUACUCUCAUAUACCAUCUAUUCCUGAUGACAUUCCUCCUGGCACCAAGAUUCGUUUGGAAAAUAAAGCUCCAGUGCAUAGUGGAAUAGCAUGUUUAGGUUCAAAAGGGUUAUCGGUGCUUGGAGGUGUAGUUCCAACACUUUAUGAAGAAUGGAAAAUGAACCAAAAAUAUUCUGGUUUAUCCCGUGAAUCCAUGAGAUUAUCACAAGGAGGAGAUGUUGAUGGUCCACCACCAUUUGAGAAGUUGCAAGUUGGAGCACCUUCACAAAAACUUGGUCAGAAAGGAAAAUCUUCAUAUCAACAGGAAUCAUCCUCAAAGAGCAAUAGGCCUUCUGCUGAUUCAGGAAAUAUUGAAGGUAAAUCGACUAUACAGCAACAAAGUGCAGACAUGAAAGCUACCAAUUCUGUUUCCCAUUUAGAAAAGGCUGAAGAAAAACCAAGCAGCUCUGAAACAAGACCAAAGGAAGUUGCGGAAGCUGUUCCUGUCCAAAAUCAGGCUGCCUCUCAGAAGCUACUUUUCAAAACGAGUCAACGAGGUUGUAGGCCUUUCAACAGUAGAAACCACAGGGGAAAGGGCAGAAUGGAAGAUCAAGAGGUCUAUACUCUAGAAGAGUAUGAAAGGAGAAAAUCAGGGACAAGUCAAUUACCAAAAGAGACAUCUUCAUAUACAAAUCAAGAUGAAGAACUUGCACGGCAACUUCAAAAUAAAUUUGAUUUGGAAGACUUUCAUGUACAAGACAGUACAAGCAGAACAAACGCGGAAGAUAUAAGAAUGAGCAUGUUCAACUUUGAAAGGGAUACGUAUACACCACAUGGUGGUGGGAGAGGGAGGGGAGGAGGACGAGGGAGAAGAGGAAGAGGACGAGGAAGAGGAAGGCAUUAUUGAAAUGGUUAUCUUCAUUUUCCAUUCAAAUGUUUUAUCAACAAUUAUGAAUUUUUCAUGUUUUAUGCUUAGGUUUGGCUCAAACUUAUUAUGAGCAUUUUGUUACCAAGUUCUUUGCUUAGGUUCAGUGAGUUGGUGUAUAGCCAUACUUUUAAUUGAAUUACACUGCUUGGACCCCUAACCAUGGUUUUAUGAACAGCCAUUUUUGUUUUUGUAGAUACCCAAAUGAAAGCUUUUUUGAGUUGAGUGAUGAGAUCCAACUUUAUUUGGAAAAUGCAAAA